CACUGGUUUCUCACACAGACGGAGCUAAUCGACCAGGCAGAGCAGUCGAGCUCGGAAGCUGUCAGACUUGAAUAGCUGUCAUCAGCUGAGCCGGAAAUCAGGGGAAAGCUGACGGUGACCCUGUAUUUGGGUCCAUCCCGGAGCUUUCGGUCAUGGUUUUCGAGUCUCUGGUCAGCGACCUGCUCAAUAGGUUCAUCGGAGACUACGUGGAGAAUCUCGACAAGUCUCAGCUCAAGAUCGGGAUCUGGGGAGGAAAUGUUGUCCUUGAGAACCUGCGAGUUAAAGAAAAUGCUCUGAGUGAGUUUGAUGUUCCCUUCAAAGUGAAGGCCGGACAGAUCGGGAAGCUGACUUUGAAAAUCCCCUGGAAGAACCUCUACAAUGAUGCUGUGGUUGCCACAUUGGAGGGUCUUUACCUUCUGGUUGUCCCUGGAGCCACUGGAUCUCAGCUGAAAACGAGUCCGUAUAACGCAUUAAAGUAUGAUGCAGCGAAGGAGGAGCGUUACCAGCAGGAGGCCAAGCAGAGGGAACUGCAACGCAUCGAGGAUGCGCUGCAGAUGGCCGCACGCAGGGCAUCUCAAACUGGAGAUCUGCUGUUCAGUCUGGAGAGCGUGGUUUACAAGGAGCCAGUCAAGGUCCCAAAAGGACGUAAAAAACACAAAAAGCACAAAAAAGCCUUGAAGAAGCUGAAACGACAUGACCACAAAGAAGACAAACCCAAGGAAGAAAAGAAGGACACGUUUGCGGAGAAAAUGGCCACGCAGGUGAUUAAAAACCUGCAGGUGAACAUCAGCAGCAUCCACUUGCGCUACGAAGAUGAUCUGUCGGAUCCACAGCGCCCCCUGUCUAUGGGAGUGACGCUGUCAGAGCUCAGCCUUAAGACCACUGAUGCGACCUGGAAAGAGUGCAUCCUGAACGAGGCAGCAAAGAUCAUCUAUAAGCUCGGCAGUCUGAAGUCUCUCUGCGCCUACUGGAACGUCAACAGUCCGAUCUUUUACAAAGGAUCGUGGGAGGACAUCGUGGGCCAGCUAAAAUCUGGGAUUUGCACUAAGGACCAGGAGCUUCCUCACUAUCAGUACAUUUUCAAACCAAUCUUCGCUUCGGCUAAAAUAUGCAUCAACCCGAGCGCUGAGCUGGAGCUGAAGAGUCCGAAGGCAGAUCUUCAGCUGGAGGUCCAGAGCAUUGCCAUCGAGAUGACCAAACCACAGUACCUCACCAUGGUGGAGCUGCUGGAGUCCAUCGACUGCAUGGUGAAGAACGCCCCCUACAGGAAGUUCAGGCCGGACGUCCCAGUGAAAGGAAACGUCAAACUCUGGUGGAAGUACGGCGUCAACAGCGUGACGGAGGUCCACAUCCACCCUCUUUCACACACGUGGUCCUGGUCUAACAUUAAACGUCAUCGGGAGAACCUGAAGGCUUACAAGAACGCCUACAAGACCAAACUGCUGAGCCAGGGCAGAGUGAGCCAGGAAACUGAGCAACAAGUCCAGGAUCUCGAGAAAGUUCUGGAUGUUUUCAACAUCACUCUGGGCCGACAACAGGCGCACAUGGAGGUGAUCAGAUCAGGACAGAAGGUGGCAGCAAAGAAGGCGGCGGCGGGACAAAAGCAGGGAGGAGGUUUCUUCAGCAGCUUAUUUGGGAGGAAGGCUAAAAAGGAGGAGCAGGCGCCAGAGGAGAGCAAAGAGCCGGAGAGUUCAGGACUCGACCAAAUCAUGACCGCAGAGGAGAAGGAAAAGCUGUACACAGCCAUCGGGUACAGUGGCAGCUCUCACAAUCUGGCUUUACCCAGAAAGUAUGUAGCUGUGAUCGUCAAUUUCCAGCUACUGAGGACUUCGGUCACGGUCAGAGAGGAACCCAAUGUACCAGAGAUCCUCAAGGUCCAGAUGAUCGACCUCAAGACGAAAAUCUCUCAGAGGCCCGGAGCUCAGGCCAUCAGGGUGGAGACGACCUUGCAGCACUGGUAUGUUACUGGUUUGCAGCAGCAGGGGGCGACACCCUCACUCAUCGCCUCAAUGGGCGACUCGUCCUCGUCUCUGCUCAGCGUGUUGUUCGAGUUGAACCCCGAGGAAAGCACUGGUGACCAGCUGCUCAGAGUCGAGUCUCAGCCUGUGGAGAUCAUCUAUGAUGCGCUGACAGUCAACAGUAUCGUCGACUUCUUUAAGACAGAGAAAGGUGUGGAUCUGGAGGUCCUGACCACGGCCACACUCUCCAAACUGGAGGAGAUCAAAGAGAAAACUGCCACAGGUUUGUCUCACAUGAUUGAGACCAGAAAGGUCCUGGACCUGAGGAUCGAGUUGAAACCGUCCUAUCUGCUGUUGCCAAAGUCGGGCUUCUACAGCAGCACGGCGGACCUCAUUAUCGUGGACUUUGGCUGCUUUCAGUUAAACAGUGUUGAGCAAAGCGGCAUCCGGUCGUCCACUUCCUCCUUCUCGUCUCUGGAGGAAAUCAUGGAUCGAGCCUAUGACAGAUACAGCGUGAAGCUGAGCCGAGUUCAAGUGCUUUACAGCAAGUCAGGUGAGGCUUGGAAGGUAGCACGGCAGCAGGGUUCUUCAUUCCAACACAUCCUCCAGCCGAUGGAUCUCACUCUCAGUUUGGCCAAGUGCAUGGUGGAAAAGGAUGCCAGGAUGCCCAGGUUUAAGGUAUCGGGCGAGCUGCCUUUGCUACACGUUAAGAUCUCAGACCAGAAGAUCCACAGUGUCCUCGAGCUGGUUGACGGCAUCCCUCUACCCAACGUGGACUCCUCGCCAUCCACCCCAACACUGAAGGUCUUGCCGUUGGUGGAGGUGAGACCGCGAGCACUUGACCUCCACCCCACCCUCCUCGACACCAUGGAAACGGAUUCGGAUGAAGACACCAGUGAGAAAUCAACAGAUGAGGAUCAUCAGCGCUCGACUGUGGAGGAUCUCACUGAUGUUCACUUCAAGUUUGAAGUCAAAGAGGUGCUGGUGGAGCUGACCCGGCAGGUGGAACAGGAAAAGACUUUCCUGUCCUUCAGUAUCUGUCACCUGGGAGCCGAAGGGAAGAAACGAAGCUUCGACCUGAGCGUCACCUCGUAUCUGCAACGAGUCACGCUCGACUACUGCGACCUGCCAGGUGGUACAAAACAGCCUCUCCACCUGAUCAGCUCCUCGGAGCAGGGCACCAACCUGCUGAAGGUGGAGUUCAUCAAGGCCGACCCCGCCGGUCCCAACUUCCAGACACUGUUUGAAAACACUGAGCAGACGCUGAAGGUGGAGUUUUCCUGUCUGGACUUCCUCCUUCACACUAAAGCUCUACUCUCAACCAUCAAUUACCUGAACAACGCCAUGCCGUCACAGUUCAGCGGAGACAAAGACAAAGAUGUCAAAAAGCAGGUGGAGAAGACGGGAAAGAGCCGGACAGUAUCUAAAGGAGCUAAGGAUGCAGGAAUAUUCAAUUUCAAGUUGGUCGCCAUGUUGGGUUGUUUCCAUGUGGAGGUGUGUGAUGACCGCCGUAGCAUCGCUGACAUCAGAGUCCAAGGAAUCGACGCGUCUGUGUUGGUGCAGCCGAAGGAGACGGAGGUGUUCGCACGGCUGCGAGACAUCGUGGUCACAGACGUCAACCCCAAUACCAUCCACAGAAAGGCAGUGUCCAUCGUGGGUGAGGAGGUGUUCAGCUUCAAACUCUCUCUGUUUCCCGGGGCAACCGAGGGUGACGGCUACGGCGACAUGUCGAAGGUGGACGGGAAGGUCACCCUGCGCCUGGGCUGCAUCCAUAUCGUCUACCUGCACAAGUUCCUCAUGUCUCUGCUGAUGUUCGUCGACAACUUCCAGACCGCUAAAGAAGCUCUGAGCGCCGCGACGGCUCAGGCAGCGGAGAAGGCCGCGUCGAGUGUUCGAGACUUCGCCCAGAAGAGUUUCCGUUUGUCCAUGGACAUCAAGCUGAAGGCCCCACUCAUCAUCAUCCCCCAGUCCUCCACCUCCUGUAAUGCUGUGGUGGUGGAUCUGGGUCUGAUCACGGUGGGAAACAGCUUCUCUCUGCAGCCGGCGGAGGGUUUCCCUCUGCCAGCUGUGGUGGAGAAGAUGGAUGUCCAGCUGACGCAGCUGAAACUGUCCAGAACCACACUGAAGCGAGACUCUCUGCCCGACAUCGAGAUCCUUCAGCCAAUCAACCUGGAGCUGCUUGUCACCCGAAACCUGGCAGCUUCCUGGUUCUCUAAGAUUCCCGGAGUCCAGGUCCAGGGAGUGCUCCGGUCCCUAAAUAUGAGUCUGGGUGAGGAAGAUCUUGGUGUACUGAUGAAGAUUCUAGUAGAGAACAUUGGAGAGGGGAACAAAGAGCACAGCAUGGAUGUGAAGAGACAGGUGGCCCAAGAGAAAGCAGAGCUUGCAGAGCAGCUGGUAGAUGUGGUGUCAUUACCACCAGCAUCUAAUGGCGCUGUGGCCGCAACCAAUGGAAUUCAGAAUGAAAACACCAUCAGCGUUCUCCUCAACUUUGAAGUGGAAGAGGUGCUUCUGACUCUGAAAAAGCCAAAGGAACAGAAGGAGUCCCCUUUCCUGGUCUUUCACGUCGCCCACAUGGGCAUUAACACAAAAGUCAGAAAAUACGACAUGAGUGCAGCAACAUACAUCCGAAAAAUUGCCCUUAAGUGCCUCGAGUUCAAAGACUCAAGUGGGGAGCCGCUGUGCCUCAUCAGCUCUUCAGUCGAGUCUGGAGCUGAACUGCUCAAAGUGGAGUAUUGUAAGGCCGACCGUGCCGGACCAAACUUCUCCACCGUCUACAAAAACACCGAGCAGCUGAUCAAUGUGACUUUCACCUCACUCGACGUCAUGCUUCACACCGAAGCUCUGCUGUCAGCCAUUAACUUCCUGUCGACGGCGUUGUCAUCUGGCGGCGGCGUUCCGUCUCCAGAGAAAGAAGUCCGACCAAAGACGGAGGAUAAGACGGUUUCUGCGAAGUCCACUGCCCUGGUGUCACCUGUAGACUCUCAGGUCACAGACCUGAAGGUGGUCAUGGAUCUCGGGGCCUUCAACGUCCUAGUGUGCGACCAGUUGUGCAACAUGGCCGACAUCAAGAUCCAAGGUAUUAAUGGCUCGCUGCUGAUGCAAGGACCUCAGACUCAUAUAUCAGGCGGCAUGCGAGACUUCAUUGUUCUAAACGUUGAUCCCAAAAGCUUCCACAAGAAGGCCAUCUCCAUCGUGGGUAACGAGGUGUUCAGCUUCAGCGUGAGUCUGACCCCUAACGCCACAGAGGGCGCGGGCUACGCCGACACCUCCAAAACUGACGGCACAGUGAAGUUAAACGUGGGCUGCAUCCAGGUGGUUUACCUGCACAGGUUCUUCACGUCCCUGCUGAAUUUCACCAACAACUUCCAGACCGCUAAAGAAGCUCUGAGCGCCGCGACGGCUCAGGCAGCAGAGAAGGCCGCGUCCAGCGUACGUGACUUCGCCCAGAAGAGCUUCCGUCUGUCCAUGGACAUCAACCUUAAGGCCCCAGUCAUCAUCAUACCACAGUCCUCCACCUCCAACAACGCUCUGGAGGUGGACCUGGGUCUGAUUACUGUUGGGAACAGCUUCUCUCUGCUGGAUGUCACAGGAUGUCCGCUGCCAGCCGUCAUCGACAAUAUGGACGUCCAGCUGACGAAGGUGAAACUCUCCAGGACCUGCUUAGAGCCUGACUCAAACCAACCUAGCAGAGAGCUGCUUGAACCGGUCAACCUGCACCUGAACAUCAAGAGAAACCUGGCAGCUUCCUGGUACAAGAAGAUGGCUGCUGUGGAGAUUGAUGGAGAUCUGAAACCCAUGAAGUCGACAAGUAAACCACCAAAGGUGAAGCUCAGUCAAGACGACCUGAAGGUGGUGCUCAGGAUCCUGAUGGAGAAUCUGGGAGAGGCCGGAAGCCCGCAGCCCGCCGCAGCCCGGCAGGAGACCAGUCUGCAGGUCCGAGCAGCUGGAGCCACCCCGACAGGUGGUUCUGGAAAGAUGACUGUGAGCCACAGUGAAGAGGAUGAUGAAACUUUGGAGACUGUCAAGUUUAACUUCAACAUCGAGUCUCUUGGUCUGGUUCUGUACCUCGACCCCAAACAGUCCUCAGAUCUCCAGAACCAGCAGGACCUCAGACUGGGAGAAUUUGCCCUACACUUGCUAAAAACUUCAGGGAAGAUCCUAAAUAAUGGCAGCAUGGAGGUGAGCACGGUGCUGACUGCCUGCACACUGGACGACCUGAGGACCGGCAUGGAGAGGGUCACCUCGCGGAUGGUGAGGCAGAGAGACGAAGAGAGCUCAGGGGUCACGAUCGACGUGACGUACCGGCAGAGCGCAGCAGAACGGGAGGUGGUGGCCAUUCUGCAGAAGCUCUAUCUCUGUGCAAGCGUGGAGUUUCUGAUGGCCGUCGGAGAUUUCUUCCUGCAGGCUCUGCCGCAGAGUUCGGCUCCGCCCGCCACCUCUGCACCGAGCGACAGACUGCAGCUGAGACAGACCACUGAACCACGAGCCGACCCCAAGACUGCCUCCACAGUGAAGACUCGACUUCGAGCAGUGGUGGUGGACCCAGAGGUGGUGUUCGUGGCCAACCUGAUGAAGGCCGACGCCCCAGCUCUCGUGGCCUCAUUUCAGUGCGACUUCACGCUACAGGCCGAGGAGGACGGCACACAGAACAUGAGAGCCAGCCUGAGGGAGCUGAAGGUCCUCGCCUGCCCCUUCAUCCAAAACAAAGAGGACAAGGCUGUCACCACCGUACUGAGACCUUGUUCGGUCACCUUGGAAACCAAAGCUCACCCCAAUCAGCCACUGAGGGGCUCCGUGACAGUGGAGGAAAUCAUAAUUAAGUUCCUGAAGCAGAUGUAUGUUCUGGUUCUGGGUCUGGACGUGCUGGGAAAUCCAUUUGGACUGAUCCGAGGUCUGUCUGAGGGGGUGGAGGCCUUCUUCUAUGAGCCUUUCCAGGGAGCCGUUCAGGGUCCGGAGGAGUUUGCUGAAGGUUUUGUGAUCGGUGUCCGCAGCCUGUUGGGCCACACAGUCGGUGGCGCCGCAGGCAUGGUUUCCAAGAUCACGGGAUCGGUUGGUAAAGGUCUGGCAGCCAUCACUAUGGAUAAAGAGUACCAACAGAAGCGACGUGAGGAGAUGAACCGACCACCCAAAGACUUUGGAGAAAGUCUGGCUAAAGGAGGAAAAGGACUGCUGAAGGGAGUCGUGGGCGGAGUAACCGGCAUCGUCACCAAACCUGUGGAGGGAGCGAAGAAGGAGGGAGCAGCGGGUUUCUUUAAGGGGAUCGGUAAAGGUCUGGUGGGGGUGGUGGCUCGGCCGACAGGCGGCAUCGUGGACAUGGCCAGCAGCACCUUCCAGGGCAUCCAGAGGGCGGCCGAGGCGACAGAGGAAGUGACCAAGCUACGGCCGGUGCGUCUGAUCAGGGAGGAUGGGAUCAUCAGGCCGUAUGACCUGACCGAGUCGCAGGGAUUCGACCUUUUCCAGCCUGAGGAGGAAUAAUCGUGUUCGUUUGGGCGGAUCAACUUAUCAAUCAAGUGCUUUGAAAGACUAUAAUCCUGUCUAUGACUAAUAAAAUGUUUAUGGUUCAA